AACAGUGACUAAUGAUUACACAACGAUAAGAUAGCAUAGAGUGUUAAUGACAAUAAUAAUAAUGCCGUAUCAAGUAUGUAUUAUAGUCAAUACAGAUAUUAACAUUAUCUUCAUUCAUAACACUUUUUGAGCGCAAGAGGCACAUCUUCAAUUUUGUCGUUUCCUAAUAAUACAGAGCAUGCUUAUGAGUUUCAGUCUCAUUCAUUUUCAAAUUUAAGAAUCGCAAACUGUUCCAAAUUUUUUAAUUUGACUAAUACACACAUUAAAAUUGUUACUUAUUGAUUCCUCAAAUAUUCGUCAGAAAAAAAUGAUUCAGGGAGAGGAAGUUGGUGAAGAAAUGGAAAGAUCUGAAACUUUAGUAGGGGGGAUUACAGAAACUCCGAGUCCAUUUUCCCCAUUCGAGCAAAAAGUAAUGGAUUCUUCGUACGAUGAAGACCUCAACGAGAACCCGUUUUUUCAAUCCUUGUUAACCUCGUGUCCAGAGUUAUUCAGUCAGUGUGUACUUGAACAAUGGCUAAUUUGCGUUCCCCGAAGGGAUUCGUUACCAAAGUAUACGUUCACUUUGGAGGAUUUUACUCAUCACAUUUUGAGACCUGUUACUGGAACCGGUGGGCGACAUUGCAGUGGAGAAAGCAAUUGUAGCAGUAUCGGCAGUCUCGUCCAAGCACCAUCAUCAUGUGGGAGCCUGUGCUCUUCAGAAGAUCAGAGUAUGGUCAGUGGCAAAAUUCCGGAAGAUGAAGUGAAAAGCAAAACUGAAGCACAUUUACUAAAAGGAAACUGGAACUACCAAACGCUGACACACAUACUAGUAGAAUUUAGUGGGCAAACAUUAACUCUUGACGUCGAAAUUCCCAUCAGAGACUCUGAUAACACCAACGAUAAUGAUGAUGCACUGAAUGGGAACAGUAGAGGGUUUGUCCAACUGCGGAAGGAAAUUUUGUUUGAUGAAACGUUUUACACCAACGACCACAGAAAGUAUAAAGCUUUGUGUGUUGCGUCCCCCCUUAACUCAAAAGUUGACAUUGAGGACGAAGGGUUCGGAAACUCGGGCUUGGGGGUUUGGAACCUGACCAGUAUUCGUGACUGUAUCGAUUUUAUAUGGGUCAAAGGUUCAUUCAAAAUUUUAGAAACCUACGAUAUGUACAUUAAGCUUUUUUUGCACAAUCAUCCUGCCCUCGAAAAUCUCCCACUCCCAAUUCAAAGUAAUCUUGUUAAUAUGUUGUUCCUAAAAUGUGUCGAGUUUGCCGAAGGAACGGGAAUGACUACCCCUGUCCCGGAGAAUCAUAGUUUAUCUGAUUUUCUACGUCAGAAGUUACGCAUUGCAACUGAAACGUACGUAAAUAAUGGGGUAUACAGAUCAAUAAUCAGUGCCAUAACAUCCGUCACUGCUGCUGAAGAUGCUUUCAUCAAUAAAAUCACCAGAAAUUUGCACGAGAUUCACCCCCAAGAUCUUGACAUUGAUCCGGCUUAUUGGAAUAUUCUAGGGCGAGCACGGUAUGAGUUGAGUAGAAUCAGCUCUUAUUCCUCGCCAUUAGGCAAACUGGUUUGCAUGAAACGAACGAUUCGUCACAUCCGUGCCAAUUCUGUGGCAGAGAGUGGUGAUUCGUCCGUUUUGACUACAGAUGAGCUUAUCCCUAUUUGGGUGUACUUGGUCCUGAAGAAUCCUUUAGGAAAUUGGGUGGCUCAAUUAGAAUUCCUUCGUAAUUUUCGCUUCUCCUCGACUGAAUCUACCAAUGAAAACACCUUUUACAUUACCACCUUAGAGGCAUCAUUGGAACAUUUGAAAUCGGGGAAAGUGCUUAGAAUUUCAGACGAAAAUGAUAGAGACAUUGGGUCUCCGUGUGACUUGGGCGAAUCCUGGCUCUACAAUUUGCAUCAAGAUGCAUAUGAAUCAGAUAAUCCCCAAAUUGCAGAAAUGCUUCAAGCCAUUCGAUUAGGGAAAUGUGAUAGGCUGGAACAAAUGAUUGAAGAAUAUGAAGUCAAGAGAUACGAGUUUAACAAAAAUCAAAAGGAGCCAAAAAUUGAUUCAGAUUCACUGUGUCACCCGCUAUGUCACUGUGUAAAGUGUUUAGCGGUAGUUCAAAGUGCAAUAAAGUCAGAACCUAUGAUACCGGCGGUGCAUUUGACAACGAACGAAAGCUGCUUGACCUUGUUACAUGUUGCUUGUAUUUAUGGGAGACCAAAAGUUGUGGAUAUUCUUAUUGGAGCUGGAAGCAAAUUGGAAGCAAAGGAUUCGCAAGGCAAUAGGGCUAUUCACUAUGCUGCAAGCCGAGGUCAUCAAAACGCUGUACUGUUGCUUCUUCAUGCUGGAUGUGACUUACAGCCGAUCAACAAUGAUUUUUCGACCCCACUAAUUUUGGCCGCUCAAAAUGGUCACGAAGGUUGUGUCAAGGCUUUAAUAUAUUAUGCAGAACAAGUUGGGAAAAAUAUUAAUCUGAGUGCUGGGAACAAAAAACGAGAUUCUGCAUUACAUUUCGCCUCGAGAUACGGAUUUAUUGGAAUAGUUCAUCUUUUGGCCGAAAGCGGGGCAUCUCUUACCUGCACCAAUAUUGUUCAUGCAACACCGAUUGACUGUGCUCACGAUAUCCACAUUCUCCGAAUUUUGCAAAGAUCAUUGAGAAGACGUUCCCUAGUACAGACAGAUCAUGGAGAUUACAUCAAUAUUGAAAUGAUGCAGAAAGAGGAAUCUGGAGGAAUUGUGAUGCUCAUCAGUGAACCCUCAGACCCUGCUUCACCCAAAAGUGAUGCCCCACCCACUGAAUCCGAUGGAAAUAAAAUAAAAUCACAUAAUAAUAGUAGAUCCGUCAGUCGAAUUUCCAGCCGUCGAGCAAGCAGCGCAACUGCUCCUCCCACUCUACUUACACAAAAUUAUCUCCCUCCUCCCAGAAGUAGAAAAGUCUCUGCUAUGCAACUACCUGAGUCCAACAAUGCAAGCAUUUCAACUGAAAAGUGCUUGCAAACGGUUGUUCAACAUUUAGAAAACGACCCCAGCAACCCUGACUUUGUACUCAAUUAUGGAAAUAACAACUAUGACCCCACCACGGAGCAAGAACAUCUUCGACUGGUUCAAGCGGAAGAUCUUGGUAUCCUCGAGGAACUUCCGGAAGAGAUUGAAAGUAAACGAGAGAGGAACAUACGUAAAUUAUUUACUACCAUUGCGAUUGGUGACGUUCCCUUGGCCUUGUUCUACCUUGGGAUUCCAGCCGAGGAAAUGGACAUCCUUCAAGAACACAACGACUGCAUUAAUGUGAUUUCUGCCUGUCACCCACUCUGUCCAUGUCCAAGGUGUGUCGCCAAAAAUGCCGGGUUGGGUUUGGACCUCAAUAUAAAAAGUCCUGCUGAAGGCAUAUCUGUAUUACACUGGGCUGUUCUUUGUCAUAGUUUAGUUCUAGUCAAAGCUUUAAUAAAAUAUGGUGCCAAUGUUAACCUGCAAUCAACCGUUGAGAAAAAGACAGCUUUAGAUUUCUCCAUUGAAAAAGGAUAUCACGAAAUAGAAAAUAUUUUGGUAAAAUCUCAAGGAAGGUCAAGUUUACAAUUUCAUUCUGUUUAAUCCAUCACUAUAACGGAAUUUUAACUGUGUAUUUUAUUUUUAACGUAACUUAAUUCCCACGAUGUAUACCGUGGUCUAUGUACGUCGUAACUUUUAAUUAGUGAACACACGAAAGAAAUGAACUACUGUUUAAAAAAAUAAAUUCUAUAUAUUGUGUAUGUA